AUGUCCGAUGCAAGGCUGCCAUGUGAAGUUCGAGCUUCAUUCACGCGUCUGAUGCUUCACCUUCACGUGGUUCGUGGAAGUCCACUUAGUGCUAUUAGGCAUGCUCGACUAUGGGCUGACAUCCCUGAGGAGGUUGUGGUCCAAUCUUAUAAAACAACGUCUGUAGAAGGCUAUAGCGAUGGAGGGCGAGCACGAGUUGGGGAUCAGUUCGCGAACGAUGUGCUAAACACAGUCGAGAGCUAUCUGGAUUCGCUCAGAGAUCGUCAUCCAUCUGGACCCGUACUAAAAGAGGAUGCAGCCAGUGUUUGCACCAAUAAACUAACCCAUGAGAUGGUCACACUGGCAAAAGCUCUUGCCCAAUUCGGUUACUAUACAUUCGACAAUUUGUUGACACUCACUGAAAAUCUCCUGAACAUUAAAAAUGCUCCUGUCUUAGCCCGUACUGUAUCCCAUGGAAUGACGAUGAUCCAUCGAGUCACCCAAUCAAUGAUUGGUGGCCGUUCCAUGACGUUGGAUGGGCCAUCAAAAAGUACCGAGAAGAGCUCAAUAGAGGAUACUGUGAAAACGAAGGAAAGUCGGCAGCUAUUGGUCAAAACUAAGCUGAUCGUUGCUGAGAUCUUGCAGGUACGGUAUCUAUACUGUUUGGGCGCCAGAUUACGGUAGAU